AUGUGCGGCCCUCAAGUCACAGAUCGACCGCGGGGAGGAGCCCUGGCGGCCCUCAGCCCCCCGACCGGUUCAUCACCGCGCGCACGCAAACGACAUCUGCAAGGCGAUCUCGCCUUCCACCAACCAGGCCAUCCGGCAAGCUGCAAAGCCACCCACGCCAGGCUGACGCCCGCCGAGCAUCACGGUUUGGGCGACGUACAUAGUGUCCGUGUGGUGAUUCAUUCAACAGGUGACUUGACCAAAGACGCCGCAGACUGCGGCUUCUAUCGUCAGUUCACUUUCCCCGCCGCCUCGUCCUCGGACUCGUACUUCGAAAUACCCCUGGAGACCCCUCUGUCUUUAGAGGUCGGCAGCAAUGGAAUAAUAGGGAGAAGAGUCUCCAUAUCAGCGGCGGAAUGUGAGGCUGGGUCCGAGGGGGUACUUGCUGAGGGGAUCGUGGGUUUCAACUUUCUCGACCAACGUCCGUCUCUAUGA